GUCAUUUGUCAAGACAGUGGGCACCGAGUCAUCUGGCAAAACAGCAGGCACCGGGUCAUCUGGCAAGACUGCAGGCGCCGAGUCAUCUGGCAAGACUGCGGGCGCCGAGUCAUCUGGCAAGACAGCGGGCGCCGAGUCAUCUGGCAAGACAGCGGGCACCGAGUCAUCUGGCAAAACAGCGGGCAUCGGGUCGUCAAGCUCGACAGCGGGCACCGAGUCAUCUGGCAAGACUGCGGGCGCCGAGUCAUCUGGCAUCAGGACGGCAGGCUGACCGGUUUGGAUACUGGCAGGAUGGUACUG